CUUGUGGGGUGACUAAACCGUUGUCCACUCUGUCAGCGUCAAAUUAUUGUUAACGUGGACAAAAGCAAAAAAACCAGAGAUAGGACAAUCUGAAGAGGUCGAGUUCUCUGAAUUGCAUUUACGAAUGGAUAUGUGUGUGAAAGGAAAUUAAGUACCCCCAGUGAGAAGAAAUAUUCGUACAAUAUCAGUAGGAGGUCUAUGAUAUCACAGCAUACGGGAACAAUCGUUUGUUUUUAAUACCUCAAAAGGAUCAACAAUUUGGAAAAGUGCCCCACUAUUGUUGCAUGCAUUGAGAGUUACCGAGGAAUUUGUUUACUGACGGAAAAGUGGAAUAUCAAGUGUUCUGAAUGGAUCAUGACCUAACCUAUAAAACUCUACUCAAUAGUAUUAUUCCAAAUAAAAUUUUCAACGAUAUGGCUUGCGAGGCAUGUUCGGCAAAAUUUACAUUAUUUAAACGAAAAAGACAAUGCAAAGAUUGCCUGCGAUUCUACUGCACAGACUGUGUGAUACGACGUCGAGAUAGAGUUUUGAGCUGUGAUAACUGCAGUAUGCUCUCUCGGAGACCAUUAAUCAAAUCUCAAGUGUUAAAGAUGAAGUCGAAAGAUCUCAAACAGUAUCUCAUUGCAAAAAAAGUAUCACUAAGGGGAUGUGUAGUGGCACUUAUCCUAGUUUACCAGAUUGCCAUGGAAAUAUUUUAUAAUUUUUUCGAUUGUGAGAAGGAAGAUUUAAUCAAUAUUUUAAUGAUAUACGCAAAUGGAGCUGACAGCCAAAUGAACAACGAUACGACUGAAAAUAUUCCAAAUAACCAACGAACAAGACAAAGAGCGAAUUCUCUUCCUGAUUCACCACUAAGACGCUCAAGGAGUCCUCCAGUAGUAGUUCGGGAAGUCAUUGAAAGUCCAGACGAGGAACCACCUCCUUCAUCAUCUCCAAGGACGCAUGCAGACAUUGAUAUCAUAGAAAUUUCAUCCGAAGAUGAGCAGAAUUUGACGGAGGGCCCUGAACCAAUUGUGACUGAGCAUGAUCACAACGAGGAGACAGAAACUAACGAACCCACCAGUCCUGAAAGCUCCAAAGAGUCACGCGACGACGGGGUUUCACAAAGUUGCACAGAAAUUCCCACGUGGACAGGAACGGUUAAAAUUACGGAUAUCAACGUACGUUCAGAUCUAGAGUAUUUGAAUGUAAAACAGUUGAAAGAUCUUCUCAGAAGAAAUCGUGUGGAUUUUCGUGGAUGUGUGGAAAGAUCGGAGUUGUUGGACAGAGCAUCAAGACUCUGGGACGCGCACAAACAGUCACGUGAAGAUUCUACAGGUGCAGAUACAAAUGCUGCCGACGGUCCCUAUGAAGAAAGUUUAUGCAAAAUCUGCUGGGAUUCUCCCAUCGAAUGUGUAAUUCUGGAGUGCGGACAUAUGGCCUGUUGCAUAGAGUGCGGAAAACAAAUGAGUGAAUGUCCGAUCUGCCGUCAAUAUGUUGUGAGAGUUGUUAGAUUUUUCAAGGCAUAAAAGUAAAAUCAUUACAAAUGUAAAAGAGUUGCGAUAUACAACAAUCGUACUGUCAUUAGAUAUUGAAAAGAGAUUCGUAAAAAAGCAAAUUGUACAUCAACGGUAACGAACAGUGAGAUUCUCUUUUAACAUUAUUUUGUCACAAUGAAAAGUGUUUGUUGGUUAAUGGUAUUCUUUUCACUUUCUUCUAGAAAAACUUGUUUAUUUUAAAAAAAUUAUUUUGUUUCUCGGUGUUUCAUCGAUCAAUGUGAUUGAACUGGUCUGUAACGACAUAUCGAAGUACUAAAAAAUUGUCAACGAAAGAUGGAUAUAAUGUUAUAAGAAAAUAAAAUUAUUUAUCGAUAA